AUGAAUUUCUUGGAAGGUCCAGAAUCGAGCUUUGCUGAAUGUAUCACAGAUGGAGGAAAAGCCACCCUUGGGGUUAGGCAAAGGGCGGGAAUGGACCCUGCGCAGCAGAUGAGACAGAAUGAGGCCAUCUCGCAAGCAGUGUGUGCUCUGCUGAAUUCUGGCGGGGGAGUGGUCAAGGUUGAGGUCGAAAAUGAAGACUACAAUUACGAGAGUGAUGGAGUGGGCCUGGAUCUGCCGCCAUUGUUCAGAAAUCAUGUAGAUCAGAUGCUGCAGGGAAAACUCUUUUUACUAUUUGUGAACUCAUGGAACGUGGCAGCCUCAGGUGUGCGGCUCGCCACCUUGUGUUCCAAUCUGUACCAUAGACGUGGCACAUCUACUGAGGUCAUGGAUUCUCUAGAAGCUCUACUAUUCCUCCGAAGAAAGGUUCAGGCUUGUGGGAAUGUUGAUGAUCCCAACUUAUUAAAUCCGCAGGAACUUGCGGUUGAUGAUCAGAUGAUCUUAGCUUCUGAUUUAUUUGGUAAACAGCAGCUUCAGUACCUGGAAACACUCAGCUUUACAGAGUCCCCACACGUUGAAUUUCAAAUGUUCUCGGCAGACCUUUCCCAGGGCAUUAAAGAGAAACUCCCCAAGUGUGUUUCUGCCCUUGCCAAUUCUGAAGGAGGAUAUGUGUUUUUCGGUGUGCAUGAUGAGACCCAUCAAGUUAUUGGAUGUGAAAAGGAAAAGGUAAAUCCUUCCACCUUGCGGACCACUAUUGAUGGCUGCAUCAGGAAGAUGCCUGUCCACCACUUCUGCUCACAAGUCCACAAAGUGCAAUAUGACGUCAACGUCCUUGAAGUGUAUGAUAAGGGGGCUCUCCGUGGGUACGUCUGUGCAAUCAAGGUGGGACAGUUCUGCUGUGCAGCGUUUGCCAAAGUGCCUGACUCCUGGGAGAUGAAGGACAAUCAGAAGAAGCAGCUAGCCACAAAGGACUGGGCAGCCUGGAUGAUAGAAACUGACUCAGAUCUCCCCAGUUUUCCUCAGAUGGUCGUCUCGAGGAGGACUGUACACACCACACCCCGCAGCAAGACUGUGUACAUACAUAAGAAUUUGAAGAGUGUGGAAGAAUUGCAGAAGGAUUACUUUCCAGUGUCACCCAACAGGAUUACAUAUACUCCAGAAUGGCUCUACAAGGACCUCAUUUCAGAGCACAGAGGACUCAGAAACUUAAUAAACACAGAAAUGCGCUCUGUCUCUCAAGGGAUACUGAUUUUCUCCUACAGCUGGGCUGUGGACCUGGGUCUUCAAAAGAAGCAGGGUGUCAUCUGUGAUGCUCUUCUGAUUUCCCCAAACAAUGUCCCAAUCCUGUACACCAUUUGCAACAAGUUGGAUCUGGGGUACAGGAAGUAUUCUCUGACAGUCUCCCGGACCCUGAAGCAGAAGCUGGUGAACAUGGGUGGAUACACUGGGAGACUAGGCAUCAUUCCCUUGGCCUUGCAGCUGGGUCAAACACGAAGGGCCAGCUUAGAAACGCCCAUUUACCCCGAAUCCUAUAACUUCACAAGCGUGCAGCAGAUGGAAGCUCUGUUGCAAUCCCUUGUGAUCAUCUCGUUAGGGUUCAGAUCCUUCCUAAGCGAAGAGUUUAACUCUGAGGUGGUGACGCUACUCACAGACCAGCAGUACCAGCUGCUUUUAAAGGAUCUUUGCAAGAACAGAGAGCUGUUUGUUCACGGCACACCUGGAUCAGGGAAGACCACUCUGGCCCUCAGGAUCAUGGAGAAGAUUAGGAAUGUGUUCAGAUGUCAAACUGACGACAUUCUCUACAUUUGUGAGAACCAGUCUUUGAAGAGGUUUGUGAGCAGGAGAAACAUCUGCCAGGCAGUGACACGGACAGCCUUCAUGAGAGAUACCUUUGCUAACAUUAAACACAUUGUUGUGGAUGAAGCUCAGCAUUUCCGAACUGAAGAUGGGGACUGGUAUGCAAAGGCAAAAUCCAUCAUCCAGAGAGGGAGAGAUGGUCCAGGAGUUCUCUACGUUUUUCUGGACUAUUUUCAGACCAACCACUUGUGUUGCAGUGGCCUCCCUGAACUCCAGCACCAGGAACCAGUUUUGAAGCUCACUAGGAUGCUCCGCAAUGGAGACAACAUAGUCAAUUACCUACAAGGGAUAAUGCAGCAAAUCAGAGACAGUCCUCCCCCAAAUGUCCCCCCAGAAGCCCUGAACAUGGGCCAAGAACUUGAAUUGACUCCAGGUGUCACAGGCAGUUUAGAGAUAACUGAUUGCUUGAAUUUGGAGCAGAUGGCAAUCUUUGUAGCAGAGAAGUGCUGGUGUCUCUGGGGGUCUGGCUAUUACCCCAGGGAUGUUGCUGUUCUCUGUUGCAAAGCCAAAGAUGUAGUAAAAUUUAAAGAAAAGAUUCUCCUAGCAUUGAGGAGGAGGACCAUGUCUCAGAUCAGUGUAGCAGUGCAGGUCAGGGAGGAGUUGGAUAAUCUGGGGAAUCACAUCGUGUUGGCUGGUGUUCACCAAUUUUCAGGCAUGGAAAGAAGCAUAGUGUUUGGGAUCAUUCCAGUGGGAUCAGAGACAGACAUUUUUUACAAUGUUCUGCUCUGCCUGGCUUCCAGGGCAAGAACCCAUCUGUACAUUAUAAAAGUUUUGCUUUGA